CGGAAUUCCAACCGACAGAACAGUGCCGGCGGUCGUACGACGCGGGUCUAGAGAGUGUGUGAAUAGGAUAGAGAGAGAACGAGAGAGCGCGCGCGCGAGAGAGAAAGAGCAACCCGCGGCUCUGGGGGAGGGGCGAGGAGGAAGAGAGAGGGAGAGGGACACGAGGUUGAGGACGAUCGCUAGCUAUUUACAAUCGGAGUUCGAAGGAUAAACCGCUCGUCUCGUGGCCGUGUCGGAGUCUCACGUUCUUUCCGGUGCCGAAUUCGAACGCAGAAAAUCCUCGAUCCUCGAGAAAAUUAUCGAGUGUAAAGAGAAGGAGGAAUCGAACAGUCGAUUGCGGGUGGACAAUUUUGAUUCGCGGACAGUGACGGAAUGGACACGAAGUCAGUGAGCAAAGUGAACAGUGAUAAAUCGUGAUGACCAAAUGAUUCGGAAACGAAGAGUUCCGUUUACGAUCGUUGGACCUAGUGAAAUCGUUCGUCGAGUAGCCGUUAGUUCGAGAAACGGGUAACAGUGACAAGAUCGAGCGAUCUGAUCGACAUGUAAAUCGCACGCGUAUCACCGUCGUUUACUUUUUUUUUUUUCAUCCUUUGUUUACUUUCGUUUGUACAUACGUGUUCCGUUAGUGAAGUCCCGAGCCGAAGCUGUACAUCGAAGAUCCUUAGUUUUUCGGCCACGGCGUCGGCGGACAUAUUCUGUUGAAGGGAAGCCGGUUCCUAGCCGCGUUUCGGGCAAUCAUCAGCCAUAUAUCAUUGUCGUCAUCGUCGGCAGACCGUCGAGGUGAGGGCGACGAUGCCGUACACAGUGAUACGCUCGACGUCGCACCAGGUGGAGCGAUUGAGGUUGAUUUGGACUUUCGUACCUGGCGUACGUGCGAUCAUAUGAUAAAUGUAGAACACGUUGUAUCCCGCUUUUUUUCUUUUUUCCUUUCUUUUCUUUUCGUUCGGCCUCCCCUCUUCUAAAAACCGUCCUUUCCCCGCAAAUGUUUCCUCGUCAGCUCACGUGACUCCAGUUUCGCGCCUCUUUUCGAGUCAUCGUCCAUGUGCUGGCCGCGAGGAAAACCGUAUCGGCGCUCGUCGACGGCUCACAGGAGGGAGAAACGAGACGUCGCGACUUGAUGCGCGUGUUGCACACCGUUCGAUCCGCGAGAACCGCGUCGCACGAGUUCUGUGUUCGUUUUCGAUAUCGAGAAAAGUGAGACAGAAACGAGUACCGCGACACCCACCGGGACAAAAACUGUUAUUCGAAAUUUCGCGCGCGCAAUAGCGCGUGAACCGCGCGUGUGGGUGUGUGCAGAGCACCUCCGGUUCUGUGCAACGUGUGUGCCGAUCAUCAUCUUUGUCCCUCGUUUACCGGACAGAGUGCAAUUAUCGAGGGAUAAAACGAAAGAAAGAGGUGCACGCGGCUUUCUAUCCUCGGAAAGAUACGCGUCUAAACGAGACAGCGGGGCAGAGACUAAGAGACAAUAUGAGUGAAAUGACGAGUGUCGAGCAGCAACAGCAACAACAACAGUACGUAGGCGGCAGUUCGAAUCCGGAGCACCAUUGCAAGGACUGCGGCCUUUAUUUCGAAAGCGAUAAAAGUCUCGAGGUGCACCUGCGCUACCACCAGGAGAACCUGCUAAGUCAGUGGGCGAGCCAGGCACAGCAGGAGGAGAGUAACAACAACAACAGUAAGGCCGGCAAUCACAACAGUCACGUGGGCGUAAAACGCGAAAGCGUGACCGCGCCGGCGGACUCGAGCGAGUCAUCCUCGAGACCGCCCUCUCAGGAUCCCACGUCCUCUCAACAAUCGCAACAACAACAACAACAACACUCGCAACAGCAGCAGCAACAACAGCAGCAGCAACCGCAGCAACAACAGCCUGGUGGUCAGAAUUACAAUCAUUUCCAGGCAUCGAUGUUCGGCGAGGCCAAUUAUUUCAUGCAGAACGAACCGGCCUAUAUCUUACCUCAUCACUACUCACCGCCGCGAGAAGACGCGCAAAACAAUGGUGGGAGUAGUGGUGGAGGUGGAGGUGGAGGUUAUUCGCGGUACCAUCCGUAUCAACAUCAACAACACUUUCCACCGGAACGCACCAGUUCCGUCAGUUCCACCAGUCCGAGAAGUCCGCCAAUUCAGUGUGACAAGUGCGGUGCUGUUUACGAGGACGCUAAUCAACUGGGUGAACACGUACGAACGAAUCAUUCGAAUUCACCCAGUGGUUAUCCUGGCCAACAGCAGUACCAGCAACUUGGAAACAGUCCUCAACAACAAAAUCAACAGCAACAGCUGCACUCGUCGCCGCCGCAGUCCGGUCAGCAGCAGCAGCAGCAACAGCAGCAAUCUGGUUACGAUUAUAAUGGCGGGCAAACGAUGAAAACGGAACUGAAGCAGGAACCAGAGGAGCAGGCCGAAAUUCUUGAUUUGGACUCUCACAAGGUGCAAACUCACAGGUACGAGGAGGAGCUGAUGAGGCUGCACCAACAGCAACAGCAGGAGUUGCAGAUGCAGAUGCAUCAGCAGCAGGUAAUGCAGCAGCAUCAACAGCAGCAGAGGGCUGGAUCUCAUUCGGUGAGUUCUAUGCUGGGCUGGCCACCGGCCGCUCAGCCUCACGAUUAUCACCCUGGAUUAUCGCCCAUGGGUCCCAUGGACAGCGUUUCGCCGCUCUCAGAUCAGGGUCAAUUCAUGCGUGGGCAACAUAUGCCUGUCGAACCGCCGCGACAUCCAGGUUCCCCUAUCAUUACCAGCACGCAACCGAUGCCAGGUCAUCAGAUGCCCGGUGGUCUUCUACAGCAACCACCGAAGCCUCCACCUUUGGCUAAUCAAUCGUGGAAAAGUAACGAAGCGCGGCGGCCAAAGACCUACAACUGCACCGCGUGCAACAAGUGGUUCACCAGCUCGGGACAUCUGAAAAGGCACUACAAUACGACGCUGCACAAGAACGCGGUGAAACAAAGCAAUCAACCGGAUCCAGCGAACAUGCCGAUCAGUGCUCAUCAUCAUCCUGGUAGAGAUAGUCAUUCUGGUGGUGGCAGAGGCGGUGGACCAUCCAGAUCGCCAGAGUUAUCUUCUUCCGGGAGUCCCCCAAACUUGAUGGCAGGUCCCUCGGGCGAGGCGGCGAGGGGCCUGCUCCACACGCCCACCACUCUCUACAACAACAACAACAGCAGCAACAACAACAACAAUUCCAACCACAGCAACAGCAGCAGCAGCAGCGAGUCUUCAGCGGCUCUAACCCAACAGCAGCAGCAGCAGCAACAGGCGCCUUCGGGGGUACACUUGGGCUCCACAAUGGUACCGCCGCUCAAUUCGCCGGCGCAAUCGCCACUGGCGGCUCACCAUCAGCAACAAAUGGGUUCUCCAUCCCCCCAGCUGGGCCAUCAGCAGCAGCAACAGCAGCUUCAUCACCUGCCAAUGGGUUCACCGUCGGGCCAACUUCCGGUCCACCAUCCCAUGAGUUCGCCCAUGUCACCCAUGCAUCCACCGCCGGCGCCCCACCUGAGUUCACCUUCGCCAAUGGGCUCGUCCCACCCACACCACAUGAGUUCGCCGUCUCCCAUAACGCCGGGCUCGGUCCACCCAGCAAUGGCUUCGCCCACGGCGAUGGGGGGUACUACGAUGCCUCAUCAGCCGUACCCAAACGCCUUGCCCCCCCACGUUACAACUACUACCAACAUCCCGGGCCUGCUGGAGUCUAUCACCAUCCAGCUAACUACUACUGGUAAUGAGAUGCCUUUACCGCUCUCCGGUCAAUCUCAACACCAGCAGUCACAACAUCAUCAUCACCAUCAACAGCAACAGCAGCAGCAGCAGCAGCAACAACAACAACAACAUCACCAACAGCAGCAGCAGCAGCAGCAGCAACAGCAGACUCAGGAUGUUUUACCCGGUUUCGGGACCUUCAGCAAUCAUCAGAGGCCCCUGCCGAGUUUCACUCAAUUCAAUGUGACCGGGUUUUUGAUAGGCCACAAUCAACCGCAGGCCGUUAACGUGGGGGGGCUAAGUCCGGAGGAGAACGCAUCUCCUCACGAAAGAUCGUUCGAUUCGUCUGAAUCGAAGUACGAUCCGUACAGAAGUUCGCCGCCUCGAUACGAGUCCCUCACGAACAUGGACGUGAACAUGCAUCCAAAUACCGACGGGAUGAUUAUCAAACAAUACGAGGUCCAUACUCAUAAUCAUCACAUGUCGAACUCGAUUCAUCAAUCGCCGGACAAUCUCGAGGCGAACAACAAUCUGCCGCAAGCGAUUCAAGCGAAGGAGGAAUUGAAUCCGAACAUCGGUAGAUAUUAUCAGAAACAUCAGAAAUCGAAAGUAAACUCUGUGAUCACGAAGGAACAUCAGGUGACCAGUACCAACACCGGUUCGCAUUACAUUUCCCAGGACGGUUUUCACAAGUGCAUCGAGUGCGACAAGGUAUUCAACAAGGCUUGCUACCUGACGCAACACAACAAGAGCUUCCACUCUGGCGACAAGCCGUUCAAAUGCAAUCAGUGCGGUAAGAGGUUCCCCCUCGAGUACCUGCACGCGGAGCACCUGCAGAAGCACGCCGGUGACAAGCCGUACAAGUGCGAGAUAUGUCCGAAGCAGUUUAACCACAAAACUGACCUCAGGCGGCACAUGUGCCUCCACACUGGCGAAAAGCCGUACGCCUGUGAUAAUUGCGGCAAGGGAUUCAUCAGGAAGGACCACAUGAUGAAGCACCUCGAGACGCACAAAAAGAAAUCCAACAACCAUAACGUCCAUUUGCGGGCGUGAUUCGAAGGGAGGAGAAGUUCGAACCACCGAGGAGCGAGCAUCUACUGGUCCCGCAUGAACACGGCUGUUAUCCGAUGAUCUUCGCCCUCGGACUUCGUGAUUAUCAAUCGAAAUAAGGUGAGAUCGUUGGUCGUCGAACAUCACGACGGCCGGCUCGUAAAUAAUCGACCAGAUUAUUUAGGUUCGGCUUCUCGAUCGAACUUCGUGCUUUAUCGAUCAGAGACACUGGGACUCUAGUGUACAACCGUUCGAUCGUGAUCAAAUUUGUAAUUUAUUAUUCAUAGUUCUCGUUUAAGGCAGUCCGAACAAUCUCGUAUCAUCCGAUUCCCGCCCAGAUUCGAAGGAAAAGAAAAGAAAAAAUGUUCUCCCAUCUCCGUCUGAUUCGACAAGAGAACGACAUCCUUUCGCGUUCAACCGUUGUUCACGAAGAAAGUAUAUCAUCUCGCGUUAAUAUUCUAUUGAUAUGAUAGAGAUCAUUGUUUUUUUCUAUUUUCUUUUCGCUCGGUGCUAAAGAGUACGUCUCGCGAAUAACAACGGUGCUCGGAAGGAUCUUGGUUUUUUGCUCAACGGUUUAAUAUAUUUAUUGUUUAACAACCUCGAAUCGGCUUCGAAUUUAGCACCUUUCCUAAGAAGAUUGUGUAUAUUUGAAGAUCUUGAUAUUGAAAAUCGAAUCGCGAUUCUUGAAACGACGAAAUCUGUCAAUUUUUUGGUAAGCAUUCGAUAGAUGUUUCUCGUUUAGAACAUCGCGAGUCGCGAUACACGGAGUCGAUCGUGAAUGAUCGACAGGAGAACUGUCUUUUUUUUCUUUGUUUCUUUUUUUCGUUCUUCGGUCGACUGCUCGACUCGAUGUACCGCGACUUUCGUUCGGGACAAAUUCACCUGUCGGAUCGUUUCCGAAUGCACAGUUUUCCUGGGAAAGUCGAAGCAACCGCGCGCACAUGAACAAUAAUUAAAAUCCGAAAAAAGAACGCGCAAUGGAACGUUUUCCGCUGCGACGUUGUAACUUCGAAGCUUAUCGAUUGUACAAAAUAUGUUAAAUGUAUAGGCGUAUAAUUAUUCUAAUUAUUAUUAUCACUGUAAUUAUCGAAUUCAAUUGAAUAUCGUCUAGAAAGUGAUUACGAAACCUAUUCAUAAUACUCGUAUUUUAUAGCGUACAUAGCAUACUUUAUCGAGGGAGAACGAGAGCAAAAGAUGAUUUAAAAAAAAAAAUCAUGUUUGAUAGGUAAUCGUGAAAAGGCGCGGCUAUCGAAUCACCGUAACAUUUAACAAUCGUCGUUUAGUCUUCUCUUUAUUUAACAUGAUCGGAAAUAUUUCUAUUAUGUUUUCUUUCUUUUAGAGACGGUCGAGAGGCGAAUAAAAAAUUCAUUAAUCAAUUUAGAAUAGACGUAUAGAAUAGUUUGACUUAACGACGAGCUUCUCGAAACGUUCUCUUUACAUUCCUAAUUUCUUUUUAUACAUUCCAAUUCUCGUGGUUCGAUGAGGAAAAUUAGUAUUUUCAAAAAAAGAAUUUUUAAAAAAAUUGAAUUGUCGCGUCUUUUCUAAACGUUAAGAUAGCCUAAGCAUUCGAUUUGUACGUUGCCCGGAAUGAAUCUUGCUCGUGUCGUUAAUCACGCUUAACGAAACGCGCACUUCGCGGUUUGAUUCACUUUGUAUAUUUCAAUCUAACGUUUCCGUGAAUCAGGAAUAAUUUUCAGGACGCGUGCAGAAUAUUUGUUUAAUGGGUUAUUAAAUCGUUUCGGUAUUUCGUUCAGCGUGGUGCCUCUUAAUUGCGCGUCACCCGUCGCAUACGAUCAAUUAAUGCUCGAUUAAUUGCUCUGGAAGCGCAAAACGAGCCAAUCAACGAGGAUAGGAUCGCGUCUCUCAUCUCUCGCGACACGAGCGAAUAUUCCCUUCGCGCUGCGCACAGCUCGUUACAUUUACACGUAUACAUAUAAACACAGGCACACAUUGAAUAUACGUUGACCUCGCUUUAAUAAAUUCUACAAUGUUGUUUACGCGUAAUUAUUUCUGUUGAUGAACAACGUUUAUCGGUUUUAAAAGUUUCAUGCUUGUUCGAGAAAUACACACUUGCCGGUCAAAAGUGUGGAAUCAUCUGUUAUAAAAUUUAUUACAUGUGAACAAUUUCCAUUCGGUGUUAUUUGGUACUUUGCAAAUAAAAAAUAGUAAUUCAUAAUAUCUUCAAUAAUGCAAUUAGAAAUAAUAAAAUUAAAGAAUCUUCAACGUUUUCCAAAUUAUAGUCACAACUUUUUAAAUAUAAAAAUUUCUCAAUAUACUACUUUUAUUUGGUUUUAUAGUCUACCUUUGAAAUUACAAUUAAUUCUGAAUAAUAUGGUCCCAUACUUUUGAUCGAUAGUGUACAUUUGAUCAUUAGUUUCAAGUCACUUUGUUCCUGUUCAAUUGUUAUUGUUGUGAAAACGAUGUUCUUAAGUAACGUUGAUUAAAAUUGUUCACUCGUUGUAUUAUUGUAUUUUGACGGAUAAAUCCUCUUGUUUAUUAUUCUUUCUUUUGUUUUUCAAUGUUCCAUUUCCGUGUUACACUGAAUCGUUUGUUUUAAAUCAGAGACGAGGUCCCUUUUGAUCAUGUUUCACUGCUCCAAAUAAUUAUUACUUUAUUACAUACUAAUUAACAUGUUUAUUGCACGAUGAAAAUUUCUAUGGUAUUAAAUAUACAGUAUUAUUUUAUCUCUGUUACGUAAUGUGUUUCUCGAGAAUGUGACUCAUGAUUUAUUAUCGAUUAUUUCGAGCAGUGCAUCAAUAAUUGUACAUAAAAAUAUACACCAACACACACGCACACGUCGACGUCCUUCCUCGAGUUUCGUAUUCUUUUGUUUUUUGUUUUUUUUGUUUAAUUAUUUCAUAUUAAAACUAGAGAAAGAAGAAAAGAUUGAAAGCGAGAAGAAAAAAAGACGAUAAAUUAUAUAGCACUCUUACCAUUUUUACUACGUAAUAUGAACAGCCAGAACAGACUACCUCAGAGUUCAGGAAUUUAACGAUGAAUGAAAGGAAGAAAGAAAAGAUGAAAGAGCCAAUGCAAUAAUAGUAAUGUUAUUAAAGAGGAAAGAGUAUAGGUGAGCGCGCAUCCGUGCGGGCGGAACGACGUACUUCUCCAUAUUUUUCCUUCCAUGCUCACCCUUGUUAUUUAAUAGAUAGAUUUAUCAAACUUCAAAUUUCAAUCGAAUGAUCUCAGAAAAAAACUUUAAGCAAUAGUUUCUCAUAAAUCUUUCUACCAUAUCGUAGUAGCUCUUAACACUUUCAUGGCUUUGAUACAUUAAUUUUUUAUCCCAGCAUUUAUUAUUUUAUUUCCAUUUACCGCAUCAUAUUUAUAAUUGUAAUAUCGACAAAUUUUUCUCACAGACCAUAUUUAUUCAGUAAUCCGUUUCUCAAAUUACACGAGCUAUUAACUUCAUGAAAUAUGCAGCCAUCAAAGUGUUAGAAGGGAAAACUGCUCAAAUAAUCCACUAAGAUUUUAAUGAGCUUAUGCAUAUUGAUACAGUGUUUUACAACAAAUAUUCAUCCAUGUAAUUUUAGCCAUAGACAAUUAAUAGAUGAAAUUCCGGUAGGGUUUAUCUAUUUCACUGUAACAGCUGUUUUCAAAUAAUAAUUGUAAGUUGUUUCAUACUCGUGAAAUUCUAUCGAAAAUUUAAUAUUAAAUAUUUGUUCACGCAUUCACAGUGGUAAAUUUUUUCGAGGAUUUAUCUGUUUGGCGGUACGAGGCAAUUGUGUUUCGUGGAAUAUCUAUCUUUCACAGGCUCGAUUGGUGAAACAAUAACGUUGAAAAAUUUCGAAAAUAUUAGUUUAGCACAUAAGCUGAUAUUUAAUGAAAAAUUAACCAUACGGGUCCUGUAUCUCUCGUACCGCAGGGAAUGUGUUAAUCUUUUCAUUACUGUUCUAUUGGAAAACGUUUCUCUACGUUCUUAUAUUAAAUUAUCUAAUUCAGUAUAUAAAAUAUUAUUUUUUAUAGUAAAUUAUCCAAUUUAAUAUAUAAGCGUAAAUAAACUAUGAUUAUUUCACUAGGAGUACAUAUUUUUAAUUUCUAUUUCACUCGUAGUAACUGAAGGGUUAAAUUAAUAAUCGAUAGAAAAAAAUUCAUAAUAGCAUAAUUUAUUAGACUACAAAAGCUAAUUAAAAUCCAAGUGGAUUAUUUGCAAAGCUUAGCAAUAAUUUAAUAUUUAACAUCAUUUUUAUAAAAUAGAAAAGUAGAUAUAAAAACUGCUCUCUUUCCUCUUUGCUUUUGCCGCAAAGUUCCUCGAGUCGCCCGCCGGUCGUAAAAAAAGCGUGUAAUAGAACAUUAUACAUUAUAGAUUCUAAUAUAAACAAAAAUAAAAGCGAAAUAGAAGUGAAGACUUAGGUGAGGAGCGAACACAGAGAGAGUCGACGAUGAAGGGAGGGUUGUAGAGAUCGAUGUACGUUUUAGAGACAUAUCAAACAGUAUUACUGUACACUCAGUUUUAUUAUAAAUAAUCGUAAAUUAAAGAAAAAGAAAAAGAAAUGAAAGAAGAAAGAGAGAUGAAUGGUGAAGCGAAGGGUGAAAACUUGUAGUGAGACGAACGCGUUAGAGGGGGGCGAGAUCGAUCGAGAAUGAUCAAGAAUAUAAUACAUAUUUCCGACGUCAUAUCAUUGUCAGAUAUUCGUAUUGCGAACGUGUUUCAGCGAGAAAAAAAACUAAUAUAUGUGUUUCGCAGCCGUGAUAUAUGGGCAUAAAGAGAUUAAUCGAAAGGAAAGAACAAAAGCAAUCAACAGAAUUUUUCGUUUUUUCGAUGCGUGAGAGGGAGAGAAUGGUGAAAGAAUGUGUAGAAUAAAAAUUACGAGAUCUAACACAAUGGGCAUUUACCUGCGAAACAAACGAUAUAAAUAUAUAAAUAUAUAUAUACAUGGUGAUUUUGCGAGCGACGACGAAGCGGCGAAUAACUUUCAUUCUCGUUUCUUUUUUUUUUGUAGAUUUGUUUUCGAACGACAAGACGCGUUUCGCUUGUUUCUUGUAUUAUUAUUAUCGUCAUUAUUAUUAUAUUAUUAUUAUAUAUUACGAAUAUUAUUAUUAUUGAAAAAGAAAAACGCGCAUCGUUGGUAUUUUUCACUCGUUCUGUGAGCGCGUUUUUGGUGCGGCAGCAUGUUUGUAAUUGUAAAAUAAUUGUUCCAGCACGUAAGUGCAAAAUUAUUAUAUCUAUAUUAUAUAUAUAUAUUAUAUAUAUAUAUACAUAUGUGUAUAUAUAUACACACGGUACCAAACUGUCGUUGGUUGUGCCAAAAACAUGGAAAAAAAAGGGGGAUGAAAUAGAAGGUGAAGAAAAGAUGAGAUGUAAUGGAACCUUGUGUGCUUCCCUUCACGUGUAAUUCUAAUUUUGCGGGCAUUUCACAUAAGUACGAAGAAAAGAAAGGUGACGAAAGAAUUUUAUGGAAAAAGAAAAGAUUAUAAAUAAUAAUUCUUGAGCGUGAGAUGCAGAGUAUUCGUGUUUGGAUGAAUGAACGAAUGAAGAUACGUAUGCGUGGCGUGUGUGUUUGAGAGAAAGACGUUCGAGAUCAAAGAGAAAGAUAAGGAAAGAAAGGGAAAGUGGAAGAAAUUUUUAUCCGGUAAUAACAAGUAUUUUCCGUGCACACACCCAUUCCUCGUUUUGUGCCAUAAUAAUCGAUGAAACUUGUAAGGGGGUUAAAAGAUGGAGAACGCGUGCAGUGUGGGUGUUAAAAGAGAAAGAACGAUGUUUAUAUAUUAUAUGUAUACAAAUAUAAGGCGCGAUAAACAGGGCGGAAAGGAGAGAGGAAAAACAAAGAAUGGAAUUAUUGUGCGACGAUGUUUGUUGUCCGUUCGAUGUAGAAUGCGAGCGAAAAGUCCAGCGUGAAAGCGAAAAAAACACCGAUGCAUCAUAGUAAUAACGCUCAUUGCGACGAAACGCGGUUUUUGUUCCUUCCUUUUUUUUACAUUUUUUUUUUUUUUCAAUCGUACAUCGUACAUGUUUUCUUUCUCCUGUUUGCGAUACACAGGCCGAUACGUCUCGACGUAAGAUGACGGAUAGAGUAAAAGAAAAUGAGAGAGAUAGAGAGAGAUCCUAUGAAGACGAAGAGAAGUAUAGUAUUUACAACCUGUAUUAUUUGAUACGCGUUUAAUUUUGUUUUUAUAAAUAUAUUUUAUUUCUCAAGAA